GUGAGAUUGGGUUUGCUGCGAUUCUACGCAACGAUCCGUCAUCUACUUUUUCAGCCCACCGAUUUUUCUUAUUUGUAAAUUUUUUUUUUCUUGUAACCCCCUUAUUAUUUUCGUCUUAUAAGACUUCAGGCCUGUUUUUUUGGGGGGGGCCUAUAACUAGUGUAGUACAUAGCAUAAAGCCUAAAAAAGGAGGCUGGGCCAGUGAUAAUGUGGGGUUACACCGUAUAACCCAGCCUCCCCGUACCAUACAAGUAACACGCCAUCAAAAUACGAACAAUUGCGGUCUCUCUGUCCUCCGUCACAUAUCCUUUACAUAAAAUACCGUUCCAAAAGAAAAUAAAAGAAUACAAUUGAAAUCUAGUUUUCUCCAAUUUUCUCAAAACGAUAAACAUAACAUUCCUUUGUUCGGCUUUUUUCUCUUCUCAUCUAUCCUUCUCCGACCAAACCUUGGGUUUCGGUUACACGCCUCACACGACAUCAUCCCUUUUCCCGUGUGCACCCGCGCCCGCGCCCACACACACGCAAGGGAAAAGAAAAGAAAAGAAAAAAAACAAAGAUAAAACACACCCCUUAGUACAUACAAUUAGCAUACAUAUAUCCCGCCCGUUAUUAUGAACUCGCCUUCCAGACCGCGCCCACGUCAGGCUCAACCAUCACGUGACCGUGACCGCGACUACGACGACGGAGUAUCUGCAGCCGUGUACCACCACACUGGAGGAGUGGUAGGAAAACCCGGCCCUAGCGGUAAUACUAGUAACGGCGGUGGCACUAGUGCUGGUGGCGGUAGUGGUAGUGGUAGUGGUGCCCCGCGCUUCGACAGUCACGACGAUUUUUACGACUUCCUCGACAGCAACCGAGGCCCAGGAGGAUUCUCGAACCCUGCUACCAACGCAAACGUCAACGCCGUGUUGCAGCAGACACAGCCGCUACAAAUGGCCCAGCAGCAGCAACGCUAUCCUCAACCACAGCAGCAGCAGGGCGGCGGCCCACCCAUUAACCACAAUAUGAACAACAGCCCCACCGCCCACGGCAGCAGGCCCCCACUCACUAACUCGUUCCCCUCCCAGGGCGAGGCGCCGCCUCCUGCUAGUCGAAACCGGGCGCCCUCUUACUCGGGCAGCAGCCGUUCCGAGGAGAUGCUCGUGGCGGGCGACCGCGACCGCGACCGCGGCAGCGUCGACAGCAGCCGCGUACAGCGCCAGAAUGGCCGUCGCGGAGGCGCCGGAAAGCCCAUCCCUGGCCCGCGCCCACCGACCAGCAGCUCGGGGGGGUCGUCUCCGCCGCGCAACUCUGCAAGCUACAACCCGCAGAUCCAGCAAGCGCAAGCGCAGAGCAAGUCAUCCGCAUCGGCAUCGGACCCGAGCCUCGCGGUCCCAGGGAAUGGGGGCUUGAAUCCUGCGAGCGCAGGAGCAUCGAUCCAACGGCUCAAGAGUCCGAGCGUGCUGGACUGCGUGCUGCAGCCGCUAGACGCGAAGGUGCGGGAGUACCAUGAAUUCAUGCAGCAGGAGCAGAAUGAGAUGGACGCACUGGACGCGGAGCUGCGGGCGCUGCAGGAGCGGCGCGCCGACGCCGAGACCCGCUUCCUCGAGGCCAAGAGCAAGCACGACGACUAUAAGCGCCAGUACCUCGACGUCGAGCGCGCAAUGCGCGGCGACCCCAUCCCUCCGCCCACCCCCAGGGAGCACCAAGUGCCGCUUGCGCGACAGCAGACGCGGCCCAUGAGUUUGCAGGAAGACGACCCAUACGACGAUGAUGAGCUCAUGCCCCCGCCGUCAUCGCACCGACGCAUCAACUCGCAGCAGUCCUUCGGGCGAUCCUCGCACAAGUUGAAGUCCGGGGGUCGUUUUCGGUUCAGUUUAUUCGGCGAAAAGUAAAAAAAAAAAAACGGCUGGCUGGCUGCUGAGUAACGUG